UCUCGCUCAGAUAUUGACGAAUGCUCCUUUGAGAGGACCUGUGACCACACCUGCAUCAACUACCCUGGCAGCUAUGAGUGCGUCUGCAAAAAGGGACACAUCCUGUACGGCCUCACACACUGCGGAGACAUUGAUGAGUGCAGCAUCAGUAACGGGAGCUGUGAGCACGGCUGCAUAAACACUCAGGGCGGCUACGAUUGUGUGUGUCCACCCGGUCAGAAGCUCCACUGGAACAAGAAGGAUUGUAUCGAGGCGGUGAAGUGUCUGCCCGAUGGGAAGCCAUUACCCCGAGCCCAGCUGACCUGCACCAAGAGCGGGGGGGCAGAGGUCUGCUCACUCUCCUGCCCCUCCAACGCCCUCUUCCUCGCAGACUCAGAGAACAGCUACACACUGAGCUGUGGAGUGCCCGUCCAGCCUGUUAAAGCUCCUCCGAAGAGGAACACCACCAGUGCUUUACCCACCUGUGGCGACACGCUGGCCGCACCCAUAAAGCAGAAGGCCAGGUUUAAGAUCAAAGACGCCAAAUGUCACCUGAGGCCCCGAAACAAGGAGAAACACAGAGACUCCUCCAGACAGAACCUACAAGGAGGCCAAUUCCCUUGCACAGACGACUGCCAGGUAACAUUUGUAAACCUCAAGUGCGACUCUUCUAAGAAGCGCCGACGAGGACGCAAAUCUCCUUCCAAAGAGGUUUCCCAUAUCACAGCUGAGUUCGAGAUGGAGAUGAGAGAGGAAGAAGCAUCAGACACUUGUAACGUGGAGUGUGUGCGGGAAAGGGUGAAGCAGAAGCUGCAGAGCGCCAUGCGGACGCUCAGGAAGUCCAUCAACAGACAGCAGUUCUACAUCCAGUUCUCUGGGACGGAGUACGAGGUGGCCCAGAAACCGUCCAAGGUACUGGAGGGAGUCGAGCUCUGCAGCACGGGACAAGUCCUCCGAGAGGGGAAGUGUGUGAGCUGUGGGCUGGGGACGUUCUACAGCGGGGAGCAGGAGCAGUGUUUGCAGUGUCUUCCCGGGACGUACCAGGACACGCUGGGUCAGCUGUCCUGUGAGCCAUGUCCCGGCAUCGAAGGACAGGGCAUCGCCGGGGCCAAGAACGUGUCUCAGUGUGGAGGUCAGUGUCCAGCGGGUCACUUCUCUCCUGACGGCUUUCGUCCAUGCCUGUCCUGUCCGCUGGGCUCCUACCAGCCUGAACCGGGCCGAGUGCUCUGCUUCCCCUGUGGAGGAGGCAUCCUGACCAAGUUUGAAGCAUCAACGGCCUUCAGGGACUGUGAGGCCAAAGUGCACUGUGCUCCUGGACAUUACUACAACUCAAGCACCCACCGCUGUAUCCGCUGCACGGGAGGCACCUACCAGAAUGACUUUGGGCAGAACUACUGCAUCACCUGCCCCGGGAACACCACCACGGACUUUGACGGCGCCACCAACGUCUCCCACUGCAAAAACCAGGUGUGUGGAGGUGAACUGGGAGACUACACAGGCUUCAUCGAGUCUCCUAACUACCCUGGAGAUUACCCAUCCAACGUGGACUGUGUGUGGACCAUCAACCCCCCACACAAGAGGCGGAUUCUCAUCGUAGUACCAGAGAUCUUCCUCCCCAUCGAGGAUGAGUGUGGAGACGUGCUGGUCAUGAGAAAGAGUGCCCUUCCCACCUCCAUCACCACCUACGAGACGUGUCAGACCUAUGAGCGGCCCAUCGCCUUCACGUCUCGCUCUCGAAAGCUCUGGAUUCAGUUUAAGACCAACGAGGGAAACAGUGGCAAAGGGUUCCAAGUUCCCUACGUCACUUACGAUGAGGACUACCAGCAGCUGAUAGAGGACAUAGUGCGAGAUGGCAGGCUCUACGCCUCUGAGAACCACCAGGAGAUACUGAAGGAUAAGAAGCUGAUAAAGGCUCUGUUUGACGUGCUGGCCCACCCUCAGAACUACUUCAGGUACACGGCGCAGGAGUCCAAAGAGAUGUUCCCGCGCUCCUUCAUCAAGCUGCUGCGCUCCAAAGUCACCAGGUUCCUCAGGCCGUACAAAUAGUCGGGAUAUCUCCAACGUCCUGUCAAAGCCCCCCCCCCNCCUCUUUUCUGAUCCGCCCCUGCCCGUCAUACAACGUAACAUCCGCCUUUACUAUAUUCCUCAUCUUUGACUCCUUUAAUAAGUAACACAUUGACGCCCUUCCCUCAGUUUGUGCAGCUCUUUUUAUAAGGUUUGACCGAUAUGGGUUUUUUUGCAGACCAUUUUUUUAACACAGAAGAAGCUGCCUGAUAGAAAUUGUGUGUAUAUAUUGUUUCUUUAAAUCCAACUAUAUUAUACCAAACUUGUGAAAGCAUUAAAGCAUGUAAACAUGUCACAGAAGAGGAACACAAUACAAAUAUGAACCUGAAAAUGCAACUCAACCCCUUUCAACAUUACAUUAUCAAGCUACAUGUAAUUCAUUAUAGUCACUAAAGAGACAAUGAAAGCAGCUGAAAGGAAACCUGUUUAUUAGGGGUUUCAAUGACUAUUACAGAAUCAAUGAACCGUCUCAUAGUUGGCAAGAAAACACAUUUCUCAAAAUCUUGGACUAUUCCUUUAAAAUGUGUUUUCAAACAUUUAAAAAAAAUCAUAUAUAUAAUAAAAUGAUACUUCUUAUGAUUAGUACAGUGCAAGUAUCAGAAAACCAUUGUGUCGGUCAAACCCUAUUUCUGCACACCAUAUACUAUUUUUUUUCUUUUCCAAAAAUCUCCCCCUCUCUCAUUUUUAUUUCGCUCUUGUUUUUUUCUGUGUUUUUGUGUUGUUUUUGUAAUAUUUAUACUGAACUUGCAGAAGCCCACAUCGCAGAUUUACAACGCACAUACAGACGUGUGAAAUGUGUGGACAUACAGCAGGUGGACAUGCAUGAUGUGUAAUCUGAAUUGGAUUCCUUUAUUGCCCCCUUUGUGCACGAGACAAAUGUGUUUUCUAUACGCACAUUUUAACCAUUUUUAUGUGGGGAAAUCUUAACCAUUCCACCUUUAGUAUGUGCUUUAUCCAUUUAAGCACAGGGAAAGAUUAAAUGGGGUGAAUCAGAAAGUCUAUAUUGUAAAAAAAAAAAAUAGAACAUAUGUAACAAGAUGAGAUAAACUACCUGCAAGUAACAGAGUGUUACUUUAGAGAGAAAUGUAUGGAAUGUAACUAAUAUUUGGAACUUUAAUUGCACUUGAAUUUUAUAUUUUAAACUGUAGGAAAAAAAGAUCUAAGUUACGUUUUUUGUUACCUUUUUAUGUAUUGUUUUGAAAUGUGCCACAUGUGGCGGUGAAGAGAGAGACGGCUGUGUCUCCUGUUAUUGCCCCCGCACUCAUAGCCCAUUCACACACACAAAGACAGUUAGAUUCAAGCUUUAGCAUCUCGUAAAUGUAUGUAAACUAAUGUGCACAGAGAAAAACUCCACGACAGUUUGUUUGUGUAUUCACUGCCAGAUUUAGCUUCAUAUCUGAAACAUUUCCUAAAGCUGCCAGAGAGAGGAAGCGUCAACAUAGAAGCUUCUUGUAUGAUGGCACUACUUACAUGCCUGUUACUUAAAAACUAAUUACAAUACCUGCAUUUAUCCAGAUGCAGUCUCUUUCCAUUAAAUAGGAAGUAUACCUUUCUUUUAUAACCCAACUAAAUGUUUCUGUGUCAUUCCGAAUGGUACUAGUAUGUCUAUGAAAUCCUAUAACAUGUAUUGAAGAUGGGCUUUAUAUAUCUGCACAAUGCGACUGGAGGCGGGAAAAACAUGUAUGGUGUGACUGGAGUUUUGGAGGCGAAUGUAGUGGCAGUCAGAAUAAGAAACAUCUCCUAUCUGAGUGUCUGUGUGUGUGUGGCACUUGCAGCCUGCAAACUUUAUCUGUGUGUUGUUUAUGAAGAAGCUGGCCUCCCCUGACGGAUGAUACAAAAUCAGAUGAACAUCCCCCUUUUGACGUUAAAGCUCCUCGAGAAACACUUUGGAUAACAUUCCUGAAAAGAGUCUUUGUGCUGAGCAUAAAGAAAGCGUGAUGAUUAUAAAUGAAAGGACCAUACUGGAGGUUUUGUAUGUUUUAGCACAUGUACUUAAAAUGAUGUAGACUAUCUUCAGUGCAGUAUCACAGAUUUCCUAUAAUCCAGGGGUGUAAUUUCAACACACUGGAAAAAUCAAUGUGUUUGAUAUUUGGAAAAAAACACUCUUUCUUACGGUUUGCUGGAGUUUAAAAAAUGAUGCAAAUGAAAAAAAGGGACAUGCGCAGCGUUUAUUACAACUGCAUGAACAAAACACCCAGAUACAAAAUGCAGCAAGAAGCUCAAGACUUGCAUGGUUUUUGAAAGUGCAGCACGUUUCUCCUGAUGGAAGUGUUUUGGGCCGCCCUACUUUCUUUUGUUCAUGAUAUCUACAUAAAUAAUACGUUGCUUCAGCAAACAUGUUUUUUAGUAUAUCUAAAUUUUGAUUUUCAUAGCACACUGAAAUAAAACAAAAGGAAGUCAAUAAAAAAAAUGCGUUCUUCAAUCUUUAAUCAUGUUGUUUAUUGGUUUUCAAUGGACUGAAGCAUGCACAACUACUAGUAUGGUCCUGCAUGGCACUGAGCUGGUCAUAGUUAGGGCAUUUCAUUCCAAAACAAGAUACUAAAUGGAAAUAACCAGUUAAACAAAAAGGGAAAUAUUUUUACCGGCAUUGACUGAUAAUCACCCCCUUAAAUACUCUUUCACUGAAAUUCCAAACCGCCGAAUAGCUGCCAUACAGAUGAUUUAUGGUAUGGCCUACUUCCUGUUUGAGGUGGGCACUGUUCAAUAUGAGUGUUAUGAAAAAAAUUACAUGAAAUGCUCUAACAUUUUAAUUGAAUGUUUUGUUUUCCUGAGAAUGUAUUCUAUUGUGUAAGCGUGUGUGUGUGUGUGUGUGUGUGUGUGUGUGUGUGUGUGUGUGUGUGUGUGUGUGUGUGUGUGUGUGUGUGUGUGUGUGUGUGUGUGAGUGCCUGUGAUAGGGAGAGUGCGUUUGUACUUUAGUCCAAUUUGUAGAGGAAUAAUUGUAACGUUUGUGUUAGUCGGUUGUACCCAAAGAGAGAAAUUGUAACGCAGUGUUGUGCCAUUGUUUGGUCCAUGAAACUCCAGUACUGAACAAAUUAAAUAAAACAGUAGCA